GACACGUUGAGUCCAUACAUCGCCGUAAUCUUCUUUAUAAAGAACGUGGCAGCCCCACGGCCGCCACCCCUCCGCCACAACACACACAUACACACAGUUCACGAGUUUCCACUUCCGUUUGAGAAAGGAGAGAGAGAAAAAGGAUGGCAGGAAAUGAAGAUUGGAGAAAAAACGCAGACACCCACAAAAUGAGCCCCGAGGAAGUAAAAAGAGCAGGAGUUGAGGCCUCGAAGCGGUCGCCGGGCCACAAUCCUGGUGGUGUCCUCCACCAGCGGCGGAGCCUGCCUUACAGCCCAUAUACCAUAGUUCUUGGUGGCCUUGCUAUUAGUGGGGCUAUAUGGUACUUCACCUUGUACACCAAGAAAAAGCCGGAAGCCACCGCCCGGGACGUUGCCAAAGUUUCAGUCGGUGCUGCUGAUCCUAAAGAUACACAUCCUCGCAAAUAAAAGAUGUUUUCAUUCUACUGUAGUCUACACUUCCUUUGUAACAGCUGGUGGUGGAAAAAUGAAAUUAGAAGAACUUCUUGUUCCUUUAUAUAUAUAUAUAUAUAAUUGUUUCUUGGUUUUAAUU